GGGAUUGGCCUGUUACGGUUAAAGACACUCCCAUGUUCACGGAUUAACACCCUUCGUCGACCGCAAUCUUUCCGCUCUCGACUGUUAUGUAAAACACCCGAUUCUGUUGUCGAAAGUUGACGGUAAAGUUGGGUUGUUGUUGUAACGCGAGAUAUUUUGAACCCUCUGUUGAUUUAUUUACGGUAUCGAGUGACUACAGACUCAGAGCGCGCGAUGGUGCUGAAAUCCGAGGACGGUGUCGUGCCUGACGACCUCACGCCUGAGGAGCAGAAAGAACUGGAAAACAUCCGCCGGCGAAAGCAGGAGCUGCUGGACGACAUUCAGCGUCUGAAAUAUGAGAUAGCCGAAGUGACUAGUGAGAUCGAGAACCUGGGUUCCACAGAGGAAAGGAAAAACAUGCAGAGGAACAAACAAGUGGCAAUGGGCCGCAAGAAAUUCAACAUGGACCCCAAAAAGGGGAUCCAGUUCCUCAUUGAAAAUGACCUUGUGAAGAACACCAGUGAAGACAUUGCACGCUUUCUCUACAAGGGUGAAGGUCUUAACAAGACCGCAAUAGGAGACUACCUGGGAGAGAGGGAUGACUUCAAUAUCCAAGUCCUUCACGCUUUUGUGGAGCUGCAUGAGUUCACAGAUUUGAACCUGGUUCAGGCUCUCAGGCAGUUUCUCUGGAGUUUCAGACUUCCUGGUGAGGCCCAGAAGAUUGACAGAAUGAUGGAGGCGUUUGCCCAGCGCUACUGUCAAUGCAACCCAGGAGUCUUUCAGUCAACAGACACAUGCUACAUCUUGUCCUUCGCCGUCAUCAUGUUAAACACCAGCCUUCACAACCCAAACGUUAAGGACAAGCCCACAGUGGAGCGUUUCAUCUCCAUGAACAGAGGCAUUAAUGAUGGAGGAGACCUGCCAGAAGAGCUGCUCAGGAAUCUAUAUGAGAGCAUCAAGAACGAACCCUUCAAAAUCCCUGAAGAUGACGGCAAUGACUUGACACACACUUUCUUCAACCCAGACAGAGAGGGCUGGCUUCUCAAACUGGGGGGACGCGUCAAAACCUGGAAAAGACGGUGGUUCAUUCUCACAGAUAACUGCUUUUACUACUUUGAAUACACUACUGAUAAAGAACCAAGAGGCAUCAUCCCCCUGGAAAACCUCAGCAUCCGUGAAGUGGAGGACAAGAAGCCGAACUGCUUUGAGCUCUUCAUCCCUGACAAUAAGGACCAGGUGAUCAAGGCGUGUAAGACCGAGGCAGACGGACGGGUCGUUGAAGGAAAUCACACCUUCUACCGCAUCUCCGCUCCCACCACCGAGGAGAAAGACGAGUGGAUGAACAGCAUUAAGGCGGCCAUCAGUAGAGAUCCUUUCUACGAGGUGCUGGCAGCGAGGAAGAAGAAGGUCUCCUCUAUGAAGAGACACUGAGCUGCUCAGGACGCUGGUGUUACAGAUUCAGGGCUACUGGAAC